AUGAAGCCACUACUUCGGAGUUGGGGAUCGUACAUGAAUCAAAUGGGUAGCGGAAUGUUCAUACCUCAAGAACGGUCAUUACGCGCAGUUUCUGAUGCUAGUACUGGCUGCUGCAGAACUCCUAGUGGCCGAGGCGGCGGUCCGCGGAAGGGUCGUGACCACCACACAGCCCGGACCCGCUUGGCGGCCAUAGUACUGGGAGCAUACGUCGAGGCCCACGUUCCGGCACACCCGAUAAGUAUGGCGAGUAGUGAGGCAAGAGGUGCAGGAGUGAGCGAGGUCUGCGGAUGUGGCGGGCGGGGGGAGGGGUGGCAUGGCUCCGGCGACGUUACCUGCGGGGCGAGCAGGGCGAGACUGAUCGGGUCCAGGGCCGCGAUGUGGCUGGCGGCGCCGCACCCCGCGCCGCUCACGCGCCGCCCACCUCAACACAAAACCACACAACACGCUACUCAUCGUGCGAGGGGGACAGCCCGCGUCCGCGCCCCGACCCUCAAUGUCGCUCCGCGCACUAUUCGACCAACUUCUCUACUAAGCGCAGCCGUUGCUUAUGAAACCAACUAG